GUUCUGCGCCCUUGCGCAGGCGCAGUGGCUCUUCGCGGGCUUGCGCGCGCAGCUCCUGCAGGACCAGCUUCUAGAAGCUCAUUGCGGUGGCGUUGGUCCUGACUGCGGGUGCUAAUGCAGUUUCUGCAAGACCAUAAGCUGAAUGCCUGGAACCCUUGAUAUUUUGCUGUCCCUAGUGCCUGUCGGUGGACUGUACUGUUAAUUCACCUAGAGUCUGAAGGGGACUGUAUUCCUGCUGGUGAUACGUUUUGCACACUGUAGUACCUUGGACGAGAUGACAGCCAUCUCCCCGGACCCUCAAACUCUGGCCUCAAGUGAACCAAACAAGGUCCUAAGAAUGGAUACUCCUGGGGAUCAAGAAGCUAUCCGGAGAGGAGAUGCGACUGACCCAGAGACUUUUAGACAGAGGUUCAGGUGGUUUUGUUACUCAGAAGUGGCUGGACCCAGAAAAGCCCUGAAUCAGCUCUGGGAGCUCUGCAUUCAGUGGCUGAGACCAGACAUCCACACGAAAGAACAGAUUUUAGAGCUUUUGGUGUUUGAGCAAUUCCUGACCAUUUUGCCUGGGGAGAUCAGGAUAUGGGUAAAGUCACAACGUCCUGAGAGUAGUGAGGAAGUAGUGACCCUCAUAGAGGAUUUGACCCAAACACUUGAAGAAAAGGAAGAUCCAGCCUCUCAAGAGUCUGUUAUUUCUGAAGAGGAGAACCCUGAAGAAAAUAAAAUGGUUUCUGUCCUUCCAAGUGCUGAGUCCCAGGAGUCCAUAACAUUCAAGGAUGUGGCUGUGAACUUUUCCAGAGGAGAGUGGAGAAAACUGGAGCCUUUUCAAAAGGAGCUCUUUAAGGAAGUGCUACUGGAGAACUUUAGGAACCUAGAAUUUUUGGGCUUUGCAGUUUCCAAAUUAGAUUUGAUUUCCCAGCUUAAGUGGGUUGAACUGCCAUGGCUGCUGGAAAAAGAAGUCUCAAAAGGCUCCAGACCAGAGUGUGAACCUAGAGGUGAAUUGAAGGAAUCCUUUCGAAAUCAAGAUGCUCUCCUGGAUGAAUCAACUUUAAAUAAAAUAAUAGAAAGAUGCCUAAUGGGUGGGGAUCAUGGCUUAAUGGGAGAAUCCCGGAAGCGUAGUAGUAAGGAAUAUUCACAAGGCGCAGUCACACAAAAGAAAACUCAUGGGAGAGGCAGUAAGGGUGAGGAAUUUGACCCAGAUAAGAGCCCCUUUGGAAGUAAUUUCAAACAAACCUCGGACAUAAUUAAACAUCUGAGAGUCUACUUAAGGAAGAAAUCUCGGAAGUAUAAUGAAUGCAAGAAACCCUUCAGUUUUCAUUCAGACCUUAUGAACCGCAAAGAACACACUGGAGAAAAGCCACGGAAAUGUAACGAAGGCAGGAAAGCCCUAGGUCACUCUUCAUCUCUUACUGAACAUCAGAAACAUCAGAAAAUGGGGAGGAAUUUGGGGAGGAAGGCCCAGAAAUGCAGUAACUGUGGGAUAGCCUUUACACGAAGCUUGUCCCUUACUAAGAGAAGAAACUGCACUAUAUGUGAAAAAUGUUGGAAAAAUCUACAUCAAGAUGCAUCCUCAGAUAAAGAUGAGGGAGCUGAGAUGGGAGAGAAGACCCACAAAUGUAGCAAAUGUGGAAAAGCCUUCGGCUAUAGUGCCUCCCUGACCAAACAUAGGAGAAUUCACACAGGGGAAAAACCCUAUAUGUGCAAUGAAUGCGGAAAAGCUUUCAGUGACAGUUCAUCCCUCACGCCACAUCACAGAACUCAUAGUGGAGAGAAACCCUACAAAUGUGAUGAUUGUGGAAAAGCUUUCACCCUGAGUGCCCACCUCAUUAAACAUCAGAGAGUUCAUACUGGAGAAAAACCCUACAAAUGUAAAGAAUGUGGGAGACCCUUCAGUGACAGUUCAUCUCUUAUUCAACAUCAGCGAAUUCAUACUGGAGAAAAACCCUACACGUGUAACAAUUGUGGAAAGUCCUUCAGUCACAGCUCAUCCCUUUCCAAACAUCAGAGGAUUCAUACUGGAGAGAAACCCUAUAAAUGUGGUGAAUGUGGAAAAGCCUUUAGACAGAAUUCUUGCCUUACUCGACAUCAGAGAAUCCACACUGGAGAAAAACCCUAUUUGUGUAAUGACUGUGGGAUGACUUUCAGCCAUUUUACAUCUGUCAUUUAUCACCAGAGGCUUCAUUCGGGAGAAAAACCCUACAAGUGUACCCAGUGUGAGAAAGCCUUCCCUACCCAUUCGCUCCUCAGUCGUCAUCAGAGAAUUCAUACUGGUGUAAAACCUUAUAAAUGUAAAGAGUGUGGAAAAUCGUUCAGUCAGAGUUCAUCUCUCAAUGAACAUCAUCGAAUUCAUACUGGAGAGAAGCCCUAUGAAUGUAACUACUGUGGAGCAACCUUCAGCCGCAGCUCAAUCCUGGUAGAACACCUAAAAAUUCAUACCGGAAGGAGAGAAUAUGAAUGUAACGAAUGUGAAAAGACAUUUAAGAGUAACUCAGGCCUCAUCAGACAUCGGGGAUUUCACUCUGGAGAGUAGUUCUUGAAAUACUGUAAGGGGGUGUGGGUGGGGGGUGGGGGUGGUGGAAUCUCACCAAAUUGUCCCUUAUUAAAAACCUGGGGUGUAAACUACCACAGCCUUGAUCUGCAGCCACAACUUUGAUGGGUUGGCAGCUAGGAAAAACACUUUCUCCCAUGCACGCUUCUUUGGCAAAUCCUAAUUUGGGUUGGCAAAGUCACAUUGAAAGUGAAGAACGCAGGCGAGAUGGGCAAUGAUUCUAAAAGGCCAAACGCAGAUUUAAAAAGCAAGAAGCGGUGCACAAGACCCACUUAACCAUUUCUCUUCAAGAGGUUUCUCUUAGCUUCUAGCAAGAACUGGUAGAAUUCUGUUCCAGUUUGCCAACCACCUCGCUAUAUCACCUUGGGGCAUGUCAUUUGCCCUUUCUAAAUUUGAGUUUCUUUACUGGUACAAUGAAGUGGCUGAGGCUCAUGAUUUCUGAGUUUACCUCUGAUCCUCUCUGAAGCUGUGGGAAUAAGCUAAACACUUGGCUCGUUGGAAUUUUCAAGUUUCUGUGGUAGGAAAUUACUCAAGAGCCUGAGCUUCUAGCAUAGUGAGAACGAAGUAUACUCUUGGAAUACUUGAUGCCAAAUCCCUAGACUGUCAGCAGGAACAAGUCAGUGAAGCUCACGCAGGUGUGUUUUCAGGGAGCAUUUUAAUUGGACAAAGUAUCCCAACCUGUUUUUUCCUCUGGACUUUGAGUAAGGGGCUUAGGAAUCUAGAGGGCAUGCGUGGGAGCCAUCUCAGCCAUGAGAGUACCAGUCCUCGGAAAAUAGGUUGGGGGCUGGGGAGGGGGGUGGUAGGGGAAGAAAUGGGUGCUGAAAGCAGAGCUAUUCUGGAUGGAUUGUCUUUUGCAAAAUAGAAUUAUAUUUUUUUAAAAGUUUGCUUAUAGUAAGUAUAGCUCCUUGUAAUUGGAGUGCAAACAUUGUGUAUGGCAAAGGUCACAAGCUAAGAAUGGGCCAUUUGAUAUGGUUUCGUUAGUCUGCACGAUAAGGGGUGUGUGUAUGUGUGUUGGUGGAGUUGUCACCAUUUAAAAAUUAGAUUUCAUAUUUAAAAAAAUAAAGGCUUGCCUUGAAAAAUUGCAAGGGGUGACCACACUGGCCCAUAUUUCAGUGGAGUAGUCAGCUGGUUUGGUGUGGUGCCUGCUGCCUUUACAUGGGGAAUCCACUCUUCUACUUGCCAAGUUCUCUCGUUUAUAGGACCUGACUUACCCACUAUAGGAACUUGAUACUAUGAUCCUCUGCCAUCUGGAGAAUGCAGAUCCUAAAAUCUAAAGAGACUCUAUUGAUACGGAUAUUCAGGAAAAGAAUGUAGAAAUCAAAAAAAAAAAACUUUUCAGUUACAUUUUCUUGUUGAAACUGGACCUGAAAGGAAUAGAGUGUGCAGAUACUAGUGGAUUGUUACUUAGAAAUCUCAUUGGUGGAGUGUGAAUAACAAUUUCUAACUGAAAAAGGAACUAGAGCCCUGAGUCCAUUUGGGUUACGUCUCAGGUGAUAGGGUUCUGGAGGUGCCCUACUGAUUCAACAGUGGUACUAAAAAGUUCCUCAAGUUGAAGUUUGAGGCAGCUGUUAUAUGAAAGAGAAUGAAACCAGAAAACUUUUGGCUUAUGGAAGAAGAACUUUCAUGCUUACUGGAGACUCAGCAAUAUUUGCUGUGAUUUAAUAGGUGUGGGUUUGCAGUGCUACCUCUGGAUUAUACUGUUGGUUUCUUCCUUGUACCCCAACUCUCCCCACCCCAAAGCUUGUAGUUCAGAUACUGCUGAGUGGUCAAUUGAUCUGCAUAGUUAAUUGCUCAGUGGACCAACCAGAGACAUUCUAGCCAUGAAAGGAAUAUGGUUUAUGAGAAUCAUUCAAUCUGGUCUCAGUGUUUUUUGUGAACAUAUAUAAACCCUGGUUUGGUUUUUUUUUCUGAAAAGAUAGAGUAUGUGAAGGGAAGUAUUUAAAAUUCUUGAGAAGAGGCUUGUUCCAGGAUGUUUACCAACAUUCUCCAACAUUCAUAAGAGGAUGUUUUAUACCAUUGUUGGGAAUCUGGAACAUAGUUUUUUUUAACAAGUUUUUUGGGGUGUAAGUUACAUAUAAAAGUCAUUUCAAGGGUAUAAUUGAGUUUUGGCAGAUUCACUGAGUUGUGCAGUCAUCACCGUAAUCCAUUUUUAGAACAUUUUAUAACCUCAGAUCCCUCGUGCCUGUUUACAGUUAAUCCCUAUGCCUACUCUUAGUCCCAGGCAACCACUAAUCAGUUUACGCUGUCCGUAGAGUUGCCUUUUCUGGACAUUUUAUACAAAUGGGGUCAUAUGUGGUCUUUUGUUUUUCAUUAACGUGUUCCUAAUUUCAUAUUAUAGUGUAUCAGUCCGUUAUUUUUAUUGUUAAAUAAUACCCUAUUUUAUGGGUAUACCCUAUUUUGUCCAUUCACCAGUUGAAGGACAUUUGGGUUGUUUACAAUUUUUGGCUGUUAAAAAGAAUGCUGCUUUGAACAUUGAUGUAUAAGUCUUUGUGUAGACAUGUCUUCAUUUUUCUUAGGUAGAUGCCUGAGUGGCUGACUCAUCUGGUAAAUUUUUGUUUAACUUUUUAAGAAAUUGCCAAAUUGUCUUCUCAAGCGAGUACAUCAUGUUGCUUUCUGAGCAGCACUGUAUGGUCCCAUACAAUCUGGGAAAUACAGAUCCUAAAAUCUAAAGAGAUUCCAUUGACAGAAAAAUUCAGGAAAAGAAUGUAAAAAUCAUACAGAGUGACUCUUCAGUUAAGUUUUCAUUGUAAAAUUACACCUCAAAGGAAUAGAGUGUGUAGAUAUUAGUGGAUUAUUUCUUAAGAAUUUCAUUGACAGAGUCUGAAUAAUAAUUUCUAACUGAUGAGGCAGCUGAAGCCUUGAGUCUGUCAGGUGUCUCUACAUCCUCACUAACCCUGGUUAUAUUAUCUGUUUUUAUGAGAGCCCUCCUAGGUAUUUGAAAUGGUAUCUCUUUGUGGUUUUAAUUUGCAUUUCCCUGGUGGCUAAUGAUGGUGAGAGUCUUGUCAUGCGCUCUUUAACUAUUUAUAAAUCUUUGGGAAAAUAUUUAUUCAAGUGUUUUUUUUUUCCAUUUAAAAAAUUGCCUUAUUGAGUUGUCAUGGUUUUUAGUCUACGUAAAAGUCUUCUCUCCAGUAUGAACUCUCUAAAUACCAGGUACUAGCCACAGAGAGUAACCUCAAACCCUGCUGCAUGGUAUUUAUCAAAAGCUUGCUUUCAGUAACUACUUCUGUGUAAUUGCCUAAAGGAUAUUUGAUCUGGGCCAUCAUCCAAGUUCUUAAAUUCAUUUUUAUGCCCUAUCAGCUCAUCAAGAGAUUUUAAACUUUUUUUGAUUCCUUAUAGAUUUGUUUUUAUUAACCAGUAUUUGACUUUAUGCUUUUUAUAUACAUUGAUGGGUAUUAAAAUCAGCCCUUUAACACAUUCUAAUUUAAAAUGCAGAUCUUGCUUUUAAAAAUGUUUCUUCUUACGGAGUUUCUGUUGAAGAAACUUUUUUCAGCUCACAGGACAAGAUAAAAGCUUCUCCUGUCAGUGAGUCUACUUUUAUUUACUUAUUUUUGAAUUAGUUUUUAGUGUGGUAAAAUACACAGAACAUAAAGUUGAGCCUUUUAGCCCUUGUUGGGAGUACGAUUCGGUGGCAUGAAGUACAUUUGCAUUGUUGUGUAAUCUUCAUGACUGUCUAUCUCCAGAACUUUUCUGUCAUCCUAAAUGGACACUUAUUAUAGUUACUCCUCAUUCUGUCCUGCCCACAGCCCCUGGUGACCACUGUUUUACUUGCUGUCUCUCUGAAUUUGAAUAUUUGUCUUUUUGUGUCUGAUUUCUUACACUUAGCAUAAUGUUUUUAAGGUUCAUGAUACAGCAUGUGUCAAAAUUCCAUUACUUCUCAAGGCUGAAUGAUGUUCCAUUGUACGGAUGUACCAUAUUUUGUUCAUUCAUCCAUCCACGGACAUUUGGGUUGUUUCCACCAUUUUGGCUAUUGUUAGUGGUAUAAAAUAGAGUCCCUAGUUCUAAGCAGAUGUUCUUAAUGGCAUCUAGAAUGGUGAUCCAUUCCAGAAGGUUUUCCAUUUACUUUGCCAAGGUCCAUCAGAGGAAUCACUAUCUGUGGCAGCUAUAGCCUUACAAAACGUGUUUGUUAAAUAAAUAAUAAGACCUGGAAGUUGAAAUUAGUCCUUGAUCCAGGGGCUGCAGAGUAAUACUGUUAGCAGUGAUAAAAACAAGUCUUAUACAUCUUCGUGAGAGCUCUUGGGUGACCAGGUAAAUUGUCUUUGAGCAGUAAUACUUUGAAGUUGUGAGCAGAUCUCAAUAGUGGACUUAGAAAAUUGAGUAAAAACCAUGUGGUAGGGGUGCCUGGGUGGCUCAGUCGGUUAAGCAUCCGACUCUUGAUUUCAGCUCAGGUCAUGAUCUCAAGGUUAUGGGAUUGAGCCUCACAUGGGGCUCUGUGCAGACAGUAGGGAGCCUGUUUGGAAUUCUCUCUCCCUCUCCCAUGGCCCUGCCCCCGCUUGCACGCGCAUGCUGUCUCGCUCACAAAAAAAACAAAACAAAACCAUCUUGUAAACAGUUGUGUUGCAAUCCAGGUUUUGUUGUUUCAUGUAUAGAGCACAGGCAGAGAAGAUUUAGUGUGAUUCUUAAGGGCCCUAGGAUUUUUGGAAUGGUAAAUGAGCAUUGGUUUCAACUUGCAGUCACCAGCUGCAUUAGUCACCAAAUGAGAGUUAGCCUUUCCCUUGAGCCAGGCACUGACUUCUCUCUAGUUAUGAAAAUCCUAGGUGGCGUUUUCUUAUAAGACUGUUUGGUCUGUAUUGAAAAUCGUUUGUUUAAUGUAGCCGCCUUCAUUAAAUUGUCUUGCUAGAUCUCCUGGAUAACUUCCUGCAGGUUCCCCAUCAGCAUGUGCUGCUUCGCUUGCUGUUAAGGAGACAGCUUCUUUCCUUAAACCUCAUGAACCAGUCCCUGCUAGCUUCAGACUUUUCUUUCUGCAGCUUCCUCGCUUCUCUCAGCUUUCAGAGAAUUGAGGGGAGUUAGAGUCUUGCUCUGGAUUAGGCUUUGGCUUAAAGGAAUGUUAUUGGUUUGAUCUUCAUAUCAGCAGUAAGGCUGCCUUGCUUUCUUAUUCAUGUACUUAUGGGAGCGCUGCUUUUAAUUUCCUUCAAAAAACGUUUCCUUUGCGUUCAUAACUUGGCUAACUGGGGCAAGAGGCCUAGCUUUUGGCCUAUCAGCUUUCAACAUGCCUGCCUUAUUAAGCUUAAUCAUUUCUAGCUUUUGAUGGAAAGUGAGAAAUGUGUGACUCUUUCACUUGAGCACUUCGAGGCCACUGGAGGGUUAUUAAUUGGCCUAAUUUGAGUAUCAUGUCUCAGGGAAUAAUGAGGCCAGAAGACAGGGAGAUGGGGACAGAGGGUCGAUGGAGCAGUCAGAAACAUGCACAGCGUUUAUCGUUGGUGUUCGUUGUCUUACGUGGGUGUGGUUCUUGGCACCCCAAGACAAUUACAUGAGUAACAUUGAAGAUCACUGAUCAUAGUUUACCAUAACAGCUAUAAUAAUAAUGGGAAGGUUUAAAAUUUUGUGAGAAUUCCCAAAAUGAGACACCUAAAACGAGCAAAUGCUGUUUGAAAAAUGGUGCUGGUAGACGUGCUCAACACAGGUUGCCACAGAUCAUCAUUCAGUCUGUGAAAACAAAAAACACCACAAUCUGUGAAGCACAAUUAAGUGAGAUAUGCCUAGGUUCGUUUUCACAAAUGCUACGUUUAUUAAGGCUUCAUAUAUACAGUGCACUUUAAGAGAUGAGAUGAAUGAAUAUUCCCCAGAAUAUUCCUGCAGAAAUCCAGUCUUAUGUGUAAGACUGAUGUGUGUUGGAGGGCAGGUAGGAUGCAGGUCACAGUAUGGUUGCAUUUAACAGCGAAAAUGAACUGUGUUCAUUGCUAAAAAUGAAAUGUAAACAUAGCACGUGGGAACACCCAGGAAAGGUGGCUCUGAUGCUUGGGGAUAGGAGUCCAUUGUGUUCCUUGCUGCCACGGUGCAGGCCCUGCAUUGUAAAGACCUUUCUUUCCAGCCCUGGUGAGGAGUUUGUGUUUUGUUACCAGGGCAGUGGGGAACCAGUAGAGGUUCUUCAUGUGUGCAUGUGUUUGCUGAUAGAGAACUUCUGUUUUUGCUGUUUUUUUUGUUUUGUGUUUUCCUCAGAAUUGUUUUUCCGUUGUGGAACAGCUUGAUGCAAAGAGAGACAAAAAUUUUAAGAUUCUGGAAAUACACUGUCAAAUUAUUGUCUAUACAGGAUAGCACGUUCAUAGGGUCUCUCCUUUCUGUGGAAAUAUGGAUGUCUCUAUGAUCUGAUGUAAGGGAUCUUUUCCCCAAACCAGGGCACUUGUGAAAUGUCUCUCCUGAGUUAAUCUGAUGCUUAGUAAGUUGCAAAUUACUAGCAAAAUAUUUCCUACCCUGAGAACAUUGGUGAGAUCUCUCUGCUGGGCUCUUUCUCUCAUAGGUUCUAAGGUUGAGAGGUCCUUCCAGGUUAGAGUCUUCAGGUCUCUACCCCUACAGAGUGGUUCUGAUAAUCUACAAGCCUUGCUAAAUAUCUGCAGCUUUUCUGGGGUUUUUUUGCCAUUGGUAUUCAAGAUGUUUGUCAAGAUGUCCCAUAUAAAAUGAGACCAAGGAGAGCAUUCCUCUAAAGUAGUAAUUAAUGGAUGCAUAAUCCCUAGUUUUUUCUCUUUGAAGAAUCUUCAUUUUUCUCACUGGAUUUGCCAACCUCAUCAGAACCUUCCUUUAGCUCUCAAAGCAUCUUUAAGACCAUUGUUUUAAAGGUCUUGUCUGGCAAGUGUGACCUCUGGGCUUUCCAAGGUACAUUUUCUGUUGAUUUAUUUUAUUCCUUUGAAUGGGUCAUACUUUUUUGUCUCUUUGUAUGCCUUGUGAUUUUUUGGUUGUUGUCGAAAACUCAGCAUUUGAAUCUUACAGUACGGUUAGCUCUGGAAAUCAGGCUUUCCCUCUUUUCAGAGUUGUCUUUUUUAUUGUUUUAGCAUGUCUCUGUGCUGGGGAUCAGUCUGUGAAUGCUUAAACUUUUCUCAGCUCUCUUCUGACUCUGUAUUUCCCUGGGAGGAGUCCAUGGUAUUCUAAAUUCUCCCAUAUAUCAAAUUUUUUCUCAAUGUCUAAAAAAAACCCAGGUCCUGUCCCUUAAUCCUCUGGAAGCUACUUGAGCCAGUGGGGGUUGGAAGAAUGGUAGUUGGCUUCUGUGCUCUUCCUUCAUGAUCAGAAGCGGCCACCCACAGUCCGAACCCAGAACUCCGACAUUUAGAGACAGAGGUUUUUAUUACUUCCUCUGGCACCAGCAAGCCCAACUACAGAUGUGGGUUUCGUCUCCACAGCUGCCUCCCCCUGGGCUGGUCAGUAGAGAAUGAGUGGCUCCUACUGUCCUGAAGGCUAGAAUCCACCACUAAUCAUUGCAGUGUACCAGUCAGGAGUUCCCCUGGGAGCUGUAAGUUUUAAAAUAGACUUCCUCUAUUCCAGAAUUAUCACUAGCUACCUUUUUCCAGUACAGUUGUUGUCUACGUGGACAGAUGGGUUCCUGGCUCUUCCUUCUCCGCCAUCUUCCCUGUCAUCACUUCCUUCAUGUCUUUGAUCUUUAUCUUGCUUUCUGGAAAUUUUCUUUAGCUUUAUCUUGCAACUCUACUACUAAAUGUUUUGAAUGUUUUAUUUGUGUUGUCGCAUUUAUAAUUCUAAGUGCAUUUUCUGAUUCUCUUUUCCUUUUUUGUUUCAUGGGUGAAUUUCUUUUCUCUGAGGAUGCUAAUAUAGUGUCUUUAUUCCAUGUUCUUCUGCUCCCUGCAUUAUCUGUCUUUGCUCUGAGUUGCUUUUAAUCUGUUUUCUCUCUUUCACAUUGGAGGCUUUCCUCAAAUGUCUGGAGAGCUUUGACUAUUCGCAUUUAAGAAGAGGGCUCUAAAGAGCUGAAUGGAAGGUAUUUCAUUUAGUGCAUGCAGCACUGUCCGAUAGCAUAAUGUGAGCCACACAUGUAAUUUCAAAUUUUAUAGUAGCUGCUUUUAAAAAGCAAAGCAGAUGAGGUGAACAAUAUAUUUUAGAGACAUAUUAUUUCAACAUACAACCAGUGUAAAAAUUGACUAGACAUAUUUUUUGCAUUGUCUCCAAAACCCAGUUGUAUAUUGUAUAAAAGUUGCAGCACAUCUUAAUUCAUACACUAAAUUUUUCCUUUGAAGUACUUGAUCUAUAUUUAGAUUUAUAAAACUUAGCAUUGAAAAGUAGAUUCACCUAGUUCUUCCAAACAUAUCUUGAUGUUAAUGUAAAUGUACUUAAAGUUUUCCAAUAACUGGAUCAAAUAUCAAAAACAUUACUUUGAUAUUUGCAUCCACAUUGACAAAACUGCUCAUUGUUUUAUUGGAAGAAUUGAUUUGAUUUUGAAGCAAAAGCAAUCAUUUUGAAAAUUAUUUAAGUAAAUUCACUAACUCUUGUGUCCACUCAGUAUUGUGAACAUCAAAUUUGGCAAAAUAAUUGCAUGAAAUGGAAAUAAAACUAAGUUUUAUCCAAUCAACAAACCAUUCUUCACAUUUGCUUUUUUCUUUUUUGGCAUCCAACUUACACAGAAUACUAUUGAUUACAUUUAAAAUUUACAUAUUGACCAAUGUUAGAAAAAUGUGUACAAUUGUCAUUUUUUAUUUGUAUUAUGAAGUGUUUCAAUUUUAACUAAAUUAUUUUACCUAAAUAGGUACAAGUUUUUCCUGUUCUUAGGAGUUUCAUAUUUAGCUCAUUCACAUGCAGCGUUCAGUUAAGGAGAAAUAUGAAUCACACUGCCACUUUUUGUCCAUGAUUAUUGAAUAUAUGGCAAGCAUUCCUUUCAUUUUAAGAAAACCUUAAAUUGAAAUUCCUAGUACAGGAAAUCUUUGUAAAAAUUCUUUUCUAACUCAACCAAGGAACAUUGGUAGAGAACACAAGAUCAUUAAAAACAUUAUCCUCACCAGUUCCAUAACCUGGCAAUGAUAAUUUUGUAGCAUUUGCACAUUAUAUACUGAAGAAUUUUAACAUCUGUAUUCUUGACUCUCUUUAAGAGUCUCCUUGAGAAAACUGAACACAAAUAUUUUCAAGAGUUAUCAGACACUGGAACAAAGCAAUGAGGGAAACAUCAUUCUCUUGCUUUAAAAUUCUAAUACAGCUGGUCUUUUGACUUAACAUAGCUGGAGUCUCAUUCUUAUGAUAGAAACUCGUUUUUCUGUCUCUAGCUGAAAUUCUUCUUUGACAGAUGGAAAAAUGUCAAAAAUACCUGUCAUGAGUUUGAGUUUUUAGGCAAUGAAUUGACAUUUCUUUGUAAAUUUGGAUGUUCUUUGAGACAGAAUGUACCAGAUUUUCAAUGGGCACUGUCUUAGUACAUGACUCAUCCAAAGCUAAAAGUAAAUACUUGGAACUUUCUGAAUUUUAAAUCAAUUGAUCUUUGAUAGUAUUAGAAACUUCUUGUAUUCUAUGAACAACUUUGUUUAGAGAGUUAAUUGAAAAUUUCAAUUUUUGUAAAUGUCUUUUUAAGUCUUUCAUAAUUUCUAAAUUACCAUAACUAACAUAAUUUCUUUUUAUCGUCUCUCCAUGUAAGAUUUCUUGUGUAUGUGUUAAAGAAUUCAACUAUUGCAUAGCUGGCCAAGUUGACAAGUUCAAAAUCCUGUUAAAAACUGUUUAAAUUUUUUUGAUGGAAAUUGCUCAUUUCAUAUAACUAAUUUUGUGGAAUUUUUUUUUUUUUUGCUGUUAGAAUACUUAAACUCACUAGAUUGUUGCUGAAAGUGACAAAUAUUAGCUAUUGUCUUAAAUAUUGUCUACUGUAUCUAACACAUUUGUAUACAACAAACAGCUUCUUCAUUUUGCUGUGCCUGCAGUAAGUUGCAAUGGCCAUUCAUCGAUUGUGCACUAUACCCUCUCCCCCUUUUGUCUUUCCUGUACUAGUUGUAGUACUAGCUUCUGUAUUGCACUGAAUUCUGCCUCAGUAACAUGCCUUCAUUUUGAAAUUUAAAUAUUUUCCCUUAUUUUUUUAUCUAGAAAAAAGUUAUAAUUAAAAUAGUAUCUCAGUUGGUGGUUAGGAUUUGCAUAGAUGUCACUGUAACUGUGCUGUCUGCAUAGGUAUGCUUUAACUUGUGCUAGCUACAUAACAUGCCCAAGUAAACACAUUGUGAUGUUCUUUCAGUGCAUAGAAGAAAAUCAUCUGAACUGAAACAAUCCGUUGAUAACUGUGUAGAUUGAAGUGUUUAUCUGUAAUACUAGAAAUAAUGCACGUCCCUCUACAAGCAUUACAGUACAACAUCCUAUGCGAUGCAACAGUUAAAGUGAAUUGUAGUUCUACAAAAACAAUAAAGUUGUGUUUAAUGGAAAAA